AUGAAGAAGGCAGUACUAAUCGUCACCCCUAUAGAUGUCCUUUUGCCUGCUAGCGAGUUCAAAUGGCUUGUCAACCAGCCUGAAUCUGAUGUCGGUUACCAUGUAGAUGACGAAGACCAGCUUGAACAUAUUUUGUUUCUAAACCAACACCUCCUCCGUACCAUCCUUCGUAAUCGGCUCAUUUCUACGGUCCUAACUAGGGAAACUUACAACCUAGUCCCAGCUCUGCUUGGCGAGAUACGUUACACUGUCGAUAACCUCUUAGGAACAGACACCGAGAACUUCCACGAGAUUUGUGCGCGCAGCACGAUACAAAACGUCUCGUGUCGGGUAAUGAAUCGUGUCUUUGUUGGUCGAUCCAUAAGCCGCAACGCCAAGUUUAGCAAUGCGGUUACUGCGUAUAUAAGAAAUACACCGACGGUCUCGAGGCUACUACGCUUCAUAUGGAAGCCGCUCCGGCCACUUGCCGCCUUGUUCCUCACCUUACCGGCCCGUAUCCGUACCUGGAAGAUUUAUGAUAUCCUAGGCCUAGAAAUAGAACGGCGGUUAAAGGUAGCCGAGGCAAACGGUAUCGAACCGGAGCUCAAGGCUACGGAGAACGAUCUCUUGCAGUGGAUGGUUGAUGGUAUAAAGCUGUCUAACGACCCGCGCCGCUUUAAAUUCAACAUGCUGUUCGGUAGUAUUUUGACCUUCAAUUUCGCCGCGAUGACUACGGUAUCAAGCUCCAUGACGCAUGCGAUCGUAGACCUUGCGUGCUCCAAGAAGGAGUAUCUUGGUGAGCUACGCGUCGAGAUUUCAUCCGUGAUAGCGAAACACGGCGGCAAAUUCGAUAAGCGGGCACUGGCAUCUAUGGUGAAGCUCGAUAGCUUAAUGCGCGAGUCACAGCGCAUUAACACGCCUGUAACGGUUUCUAUUCCCCGCUCUGUGGUCAAGAAAGGGGGGAUCAAGACGCCAUCAGGCAUUCAUGUUCCACAAGGCGCAGUCAUGGUCGUCCCAACGUACUCGAUUAUGCGUGAUGCCGCCAUAUAUCCGGAUCCAUGUACUUUCAAGCCGUUCCGGUUUGCAGGGGAACCCACUGCGCCUGGCUUGGAAGGCCAAAAUGGCAAUGCUCAAGGAUCGCUGCCGCCGCCGACGAAUCCCCCGCAACCUUGGGUUAAGGCAACCCCCGAAUAUACGGCAUUCGGGUAUGGGCCCCACGCAUGUCCAGGACGACAUAUCGCGGCCGUCGGGGUGAAGCUGAUGAUGGCGUACAUCAUCGCUCACUACGACUUCGAGACGGAAGAGAAGCGACCGGAGAACAUCUGGAUCGGGCAUUCGCAAGUAGGGCCGCAAAAGACAACGGUCCGGAUUAGGAGGAGGAAGGAGAAGGAUGUUGUUUUUGCUUGA